CCAAUCCAAUAUAUAUAAAUGAUCCAUCUUCGGAGCUGUGAGGCUCAAAGGUUACUGUUAAGCCUUCUAUCAAUAUAGCUUUGCCUAUUAGAACAAGCCAAUACAACAAAAUCUCACCUCAGAAGUCAGAGGAAUCUGUCACUUUUACUCAUAUGGGUCGCCACUCCUGUUGUGUAAAACAGAAGCUAAGGAAAGGCUUGUGGUCACCAGAAGAAGAUGAGAAGUUGUUCAAUUACAUUACUAGAUUUGGCGUUGGCUGCUGGAGUUCAGUCCCUAAGCUAGCUGGUUUGCAGAGGUGUGGAAAGAGUUGCAGAUUGAGAUGGAUAAACUACUUAAGGCCUGAUCUUAAAAGAGGAAUGUUCUCUCAGCAAGAGGAGGAUCUCAUUCUUAGGCUUCAUGAAGUUCUGGGGAACAGGUGGGCUCAAAUUGCAGCACAAUUACCAGGAAGAACAGAUAAUGAGAUAAAGAACUUCUGGAAUUCAUGUCUCAAGAAGAAGCUAAUGAAACAAGGAAUUGAUCCAAUUACUCACCAGCCAUUAUCCGAAAAUGAAGGAAGAGAUCAUGAGGAGAAGAAUAGUACAGAUAAUAGAGCAUCAUUGCAGAUGGUACCCUCUUCUAGUGGAUUACUUCCAAAUUUACCAUCAUCUGGAAUGGAGAAAGCAUAUCCAAUCACUAGUACAACAAGCAGUUAUUGCCUUGGUGGAAAUACUGAAUUUUCGCGAGAUCAGCAAAUGGUGAGCAAACAAGUCCUUGAUCCAUUGUUUCUGUUAGAAUUCCAAGCAACCAUUGAUCCUUGUGGAUAUGAUAAAUUUCUUAGUACACAGUAUCAAUACACCAUGAGGCCUCAGAAUCAGAGCACUGAAUUUGAGGGGAAUGUGAAUUAUGCAUACGGUUCAAUGCCAACGUUAACGAAUUUCGACCAAAGAAGUGUGACAGAUACAGAUUUUUCUGAUAGCUCAAAUUCAAGAAUGAGUUCAUUCUUGAUGAAUGAGGCAAAGGAAAGCUCAAGCAAUAGUACUUCCAAUAUCAACAGUGGCCAUCCUUCAAUUCAGAUUCAUACCAUGGCAGCUGAAAGUGCUAAUGUAUUUUCAUGGGAAGCUGAUCAUCAGAAUAAGUUUGAUUCAGUUUUUGAUUAUCAACAGCAAUUUAAUGAGAUCAAGAUUGAAGAAGAUCAUAAGCCAAGGCCAUGGCAAGAAGGCCAGCUUCAAGCACACAAUUCAGGAGAUUUCAGUAACUAUCCAUUGACAUCACUAUCUGAAGAAGACUUGAGUGGGGCAAGCCUGGAUGUCUUCCACCAAAUAUAAAUUGUAAAUUCUUAUCCUUUUUUCCCUCCUUAGAAAACCAUACAGAAGUGUUGAUAGUAAAGAAGAUUUGUAAUGAAAGAUUUGACUAUGAAGUGUGAAUCUCUUUGAUUUUUACCUCACGUAAGGGUAUAAACCUUUUGUCUAAAGCGUCUGUGUUUUUACCCCUUGUAUUGUUUUCAGGGUUGAAAAUAUUGGACAAUAAUGUUUUUUA